CUUGUCAAAUCACAGUGGGUCGAUGUCGAUUUUUAAUGGCGGUUUGAUUAUUUGUAGGGAAAAAGUAUAAAAUGUAAUUAUAGAAUAUCACUGGUAGUGAUCCUAGAAUUUGUUUGUCUCUUUAGCAGUGCGUUGAAUUAAAGCGAACCGUGUGAUAAAACAACUUUCCGAUGUGGAAACAGUUACAGAUGGGACUUCGGGCCUUCUUACUAAUAGCCUCUAGAGUCUGGACAUGCGUCUGCUAUGCACUAAAGAAGCAGACUAGAUCGAUCAUUCAACACCAAUCUGUAAGAUAUGAUAUAUUUCCUUUAUCACCUUUAUCAAGACAUAGGUUAAGUAUCGUUAGAAGAAAAGUACUCGUUCUGGACUUGGAUGAGACAUUAAUACAUUCACAUCAUGAUGGUGUAGUGAGGCAGACAGUAAGGCCGGGAACGCCGCCUGAUUUCGUCUUGAAAGUUGUUAUUGACAGGCAUCCUGUUAGGUUCUUUGUGCAUAAGAGACCCCAUGUUGACUUUUUCUUAGAUAUAGUUUCACAAUGGUAUGAAUUAGUGGUUUUUACCGCGAGUAUGGAAAUUUAUGGUGCAGCAGUGGCUGAUAGAUUAGAUGCCGGCAGGGGUAUCUUGCCCAGGAGAUUCUACAGGCAGCAUUGUACUCCAGAGCUGGGAUCGUACACUAAAGAUUUGAGUGCCAUCUGCAAUGAUCUCUCUAGUAUUUUUAUACUAGAUAAUAGUCCAGGUGCUUAUAGAGCAUACCCAGAUAAUGCAAUUCCCAUAAAAUCAUGGUUUUCUGAUCCGACGGACAUAGCUUUGCUCAAUCUUCUUCCAGUUCUCGACGCCCUCAGGUUCACGACAGACGUCAGAUCUGUAUUGUCGAGAAAUUUGCAUUUGCAUAGGCUAUGGUAGAUAGGUGCACACACUGAGAUGUAACUGGAUGAUACGUUACGUCACAACUUCCUAUUAUUCGUCAACAUGAAGUUUUUAUUUUUUUGAGUUAACUUAUUUGAGAACUUUUUUAAGUGAAACUGACGGCGCGGAUACUCAGUAUGACGUGUAAGUGGUUCAAAUUUGAAUCACAAACUAAUUCCUUCUAUUUCUUUUGCUGUUGUACAGAUCUCUGUAUUUGUUCAUUUCAUUGUUUGCUACAACUUAAGUUGGCAGUAUUAGCUUUUUCGGUGCGAGAAUUUAGGACAUUAACUUAAUCCAUUAGGCCUGUGAAGUGUAAUAGAAAUAUCAUGACAUUGAAGUGCAACUGAGGACACUUUAAGCUCAAUAAGGACUGUGGACUAAAAUAAUUAGGAAAUGAGGGUAAAGGACCGUUACAAAAGAAAAAUGAAGACUGCCACUGAUCCAAUGAACAUUGUUAGCGAUGAUAUAAGUACAACAAGGAAUACGAACAUGCCCAUAUUCCUUUCUGUUGAUGAAAAGAUUUAUCUAAAAGGUCCAGGUGUUGGUUUACGAUUCAAAUUUUCGUGAGAACUGGAAUUUUUCACGUUAUAUUGUCGGAACCAAUUGUUGAUCAAGUUUUACAUCAUUUAACAUCGUACAUCGCUAAUAUAGUUACGAAUGUUAUCUUCCAACGGCGUAUCUGGGUCACGUCAUGCGAAAUGAAAAAUACCAGUUCCUCCAACUUAUCGAGGGUAAAAUUGAAGGCAAGAGAGGAAUAGGACGCAAGAAAAUGUCCUGGCUCUGAAACGUAAGGCAAUGGACAGGGAUUAACGUCAUGUAAUCUCUGAUACAAAUUGCAAGAAACGGAGAGUUAAUGGAAAAUGUGAUCGCUAACAUUCAUUAGUGGAUUUGCAUCUGAAGAAGAAGACGUUGUCUUCUAGUCGUCAAUUAUCUCUGGCUUAUCGGCGUCAACUGCAAAAUUGCCUAGUGGUGUGAAUUCGAACGAUCUUGUUCGGAAAGAUCUGUGAAUCUGUCAAGUUUACAAGUCUCAAACACGAAAUUAUGUGUUCAUCAAACGCUCCUUCAACUUUAUAAGGAAACACCCCUGUCAGACUUCAUUAGAAUACAAAGAUUGCAAUGGGCCGGACAUGUGAUAAGAAUGGGAGAGGAUAGGCUACCAAAAAGAUCACUGAACGGUAGAAUGCAGGGAAAGAGACCGGUUGGAAAGCCAAGAAAGCGCUGGGAAGACACAGUAAACAGCGACGCACAAGCUCGUGUAUGGAGAAGAGCAGUCACAGACAAACAAGGGUGAAGGCAAAAAAUAAAGGAGGCCAAAGCUAAAUUGGGGCUGUAAUGCCGUAGAAGAAACGCUUCCUUCAGUAAAUCAAUUGUAGCAUGCGCUGUGUGACGAAUUUAGGACAUUAACUUAAUCCAUUACGCCUGUGAAGUGACAUGGAGAGAACAUGACAUUGAAAUGCAACUGAGGAGGAUAUUUUGAGAGCUCAGUAAGGAAUGUGGACCAAAAUAAUUGAGAAAUAAUAGUCUAGAAUCGUCAGGGAGGAUACUGGGACCCAUUUGCGACAAUGGUAUAUAAAGAAUAAGGUUCAACCACGAGAUAUGCCAAUAUUACAAAGAACCCUCUAUAGCUAAUCAUGCAAAAGUACAAAGAUUGCGCUGGGCAGGUGUAAUAAUGAAAACCUUGAGAAUUAAAGGUUAAAAUAAACUAAAAUUGUACAUACAUUAUGAUUGACAAACUGUGACACAAUGAUAUGACAAUGACAUGAGAGAAUGACAUAAUGGCAACAAUAAUAAUAAUAUUAUGCAGAAAGGAACACCACAGCAGGUCACCUUAUAAGAAUGGAUAACGACAGAACACCUAGCAGAACACUUAGAGGAACUAUGGUGGGACGUCGGCCAGUAAGAAGACCAAGAAAGAGGUGGUUAGACGAAAUGAGAACCGAUGCUAAAGAGAUAUUGAGGGUGGACAACCGGAGGAGAGUAGCUAUAGACAGAGAUACUUGGAGGCGGAUGCUGGGGGAGCCUAGGGCCCGACUUAUACUGUAGCGCCAUAGGAGAGAGGAAUCUAGAAUCGUUAUUAAAAGAAAACUGAAGACUGCCACUGAUCCAAUGGACAUUAUUAGUAAAUAUCUAAGUACACUAAGGAACACGAAUAUACCAUAUUCCUUUUUGGUGAUGAAAACCUUUAUUUAAAAGGUUCAGGUGUUGGUUUAUGUUUCGAAUUUUCGUGAAACCUGGAUUUUUUCACGAUAUAUUGGCAGAAUCAAUUAAUUGUUGAUCAAGUUUUACAUCAUUUAGCAUCGUACAUCGCUAAUAACGUGACGAAUGUUGUCUUCCACGUCGUCAAAAUGGUCUCUGGCUUAUUGAUGUAGACUGCAAAAUACCCUAGUGGUGUAAAUUCAAACGAUCUUGUUCCAGAUCUGUGAAUCUGUGAAGUUUACAGGUCCCAAAUGUGAAUUUAUACGCUCGCCAAACGUUUCCUUCAAUAAAUAGAUUGUAGCAUGCGCUGUGUGGCAUGUUGCAUCAUUUUCUUAAAACGUUACCUCCUCCAUAUCAAGGAGAUUCAAUUCAGGAUCAAAAAGAUUAUUGAUCAUGGUUCUACAGUAAUCUGAAUUGACUAUAACUUUUCGACUAACAUCGUCCUUGAAAUAGUAAGGACCAAUAAUUCUACCAACCCCAUAAAUCCGACCAAACAGUGAGUUUUCUUGAUGUAAUGACUCGAUAAUUGUUUGAGAAUUAUUUUUAUUAUAAACAGGACAAUUUUCCUUAUUGGUGUAACCAUUAUACCAAAAAUCAGAUUCAUCGUCCACUCAUGGAGUGAUGCUAACGCCCUACAUCAGCAGAUGUCUCCUUCAGUGAGUACCGAAAAAGUUAUUGCCCAAUGAAAUGUACACAGCUUAAGAAAAUGAGGAAAAAAUUAAGUGUACUUGUCGGAUGGUUAUUUUUGAACGAAAAUCCAAAUGGGUCAGUUUCAUUUGUAAUUUAUUUGUUAAUUUAUUUAUUUUUUAGUUGAUUGAUGUUUGUGUAAUAGGAAAUUAUACUAUAUUGUAAAUAUUAUCAUAGACGAUUCGCUAUGAUGCAGUUAAUGUAUUCAGUAAUCAGAUCACGUGAGUUAAUUUUGUAUGUAUUCUGUUUUGAUUUCGAAGCGUUUAAUAAGGUAGUAAAUGUGAUGUAUAUAGUAGCUUUUGGAUAUCCACUCUCCAUUUUUAACAUUUUCUAUAUAAUAGUUCUAAGAUACAAAGUAGCCAUAGUUCAUAAACGACAAAAUUUUCUAAAAAUUUACCUUAUUAAACGAUUUGUUUAGGUUUGUAGAAAAAACCAAAGACAAUGUAUGUAGUUUUAACGAUGAAUAUGUACCUAAGGCCUAUAUAGCUCAUGACAAGUGAUCAAGAAUAACGGUUUUUAUUUUUCUCUUUGAGGCAGAGACCAAGAGGACUCGACUGAAAGUGUAGCAAUGCCUUACUAUAGAAGAGUAAAGCAACAAAAUGAUCCGGCUUCUCUGAAACCCCUUUUAGAGCCUAAAAAGAAGAAAGAAUAUACUUUUUUUUAUUUAAAUAGUGCUUUCAAAUGAUUACAGUACUUUUUACUGAUCAGCACGAAAUAGAAAAUAUCGAUUUUAACAAUUUUUUAUAGAAUAAUAAUAAAUAAAAAUCAAUUUAAUUUUUAAGUAUUUUCAUCAGUAUGUAUGAAGUAUGAACUAAUUCAUUACAGUAGAUAUACAACGUGUGUUUUGGACCGGAAGUGACGUCACUUCAUGAUAAUGAUUCUCUAGCGACUUCUAUUGACAUUUUCAAGAACUGUUAUUUGUGAUUACGUCACUGUACCUAUCGGACGUGUAUGUAUGAAACUCAGCAAAGAUGAUACUAAUUGCAAUAGUGAAAAAACCAUUGCAGUGUCUUUUUACACUUUACAAACACUGUGACUUGUAUCAUAUUUAAAAUAGAAGACUAGAUUUGGUUCCUCUGGAAUCCUUUUUAUAGCUUAAAAAGAAGGAAAAUGACUUUUGUAAAUUGAAUAGUGCUUUUAAAUGGUUACGAGUAUUUUUACUGAUCAGCGUAUCAACUUGUUCUGGACCGGAAAUGGCGUCACGGUAACGAGUCUGGCCACCUCCGUUGACAUUUACGAGAACUGUGUUAUUUCUGGGUGACGUCAGUGUAUGUACUGAUCGUGCGCAAGCCCCUAAAACAAAUGAUGGUGUGUGUAGGAAUGAUCUAACCGUUGCCAUGUCCUCUGACACCCUUUACGAACACUGGGUUUAAAUUCCCUCCUCAACGGAAUCAUACAGCAUGUAAGGGAACAUCCAUAAACUACGUUGUAAACAAUUUGGACUUUUUAAAACCAAUGGAAAAGACCAGUGGCGCCAUCUUGUAUGAAGUUUUAAAACCUAUUUGGUCAAGCAAUACCGUAUCUUUAUUUUUCUUCCAAACAUCACGAAAUUAUCGAGCAAUCUUCUUAUAUAAGGGCAUAUUUCUUUCGAAAAUGAGACUAUUGGGGUACUGAUUUGUUUGAAGUCGUUUUUGCAACGUUUGUUAAUAAACAUUAUAAAGAAAAUAAUAUAAUUAAACAAACGCUGAAUUACAGAUAUAAUUUGUAUACGUAACGGCCUAUCUGGUCUCUAUUUGGGUGUUUUUUGUACAUAAAAUAAGAAGUUUUCAGCAAAAGUUUUUAAUAUAGAGUAAAUGAGUAUACAACAGAGUUUUCUGCAUCAGAAAAUUGAAUUUAUGGCAUAAAUAUUGAUAAAGAUCGUGUCCUUUUUCAAUUUCUCCCUGGAUGUUGUGUUUUCGGUGUACAUAAGUAGUUGAUAAUUUUAAUUAUGAAAAUUUUGAAGAGAAAACGAAAUGGUAGAUUGGUGCAUUUCGAAUGUGUAAAAGAACUUGUUCGUUGUCGUCAAUGAAGGGUAAUUUUCUUAGGUUUUUGUUUAAAGAUAAAUAUAUCAACUGAAAUCAUGACAAAAUUAAAAAAUAUGUACGCGAUAUUAGCUUUAAACAAAAGUUUACGGAUCGAAAUAAAAACUGGAAGUAAAUUUUUUAAGAGUUUUUACAAUCUUGUAAUGUAAUUAUUCAUCAUCAUCAAUGGUGCUACAGCUCUAUAAAAGAGCCUCGACCUUCCCAAGUCUAUUACACCAGUCAGUUCUGUCCAUUGCCAACUGUUGCCAGUUUGCUGCGCCUAUUUUUCUCCCAUCCUCAUCGACACCAUCCUUCCAUCUGAGUUUUGGCCUACACCUAUUUCUACUUCCCACAGGUUGUGGCAUAAGGAUUCUUCUAGGAGGGUUGUUCUGCUGUGAACUUGCUAGAUGUCCUGCCCAUCUUAGUCUUCCUGUUUUUAUAAGAGAUACUACGUCUUUACCACCAAAUAUAUGUUUAUAUCUGUGGUCUAUCUCGUCGUUGUACCUUCUCCACCAAACACCAUUUUCACAGAUGCCACCGAAUAUUCCGCUCAGGAUCCUUCGUUCAAAUAUAAGCAGGUUUUCAUCUGCCUUGUAGAUGGUUCAUGUCUCCGAUCCAUAGGUCAACACUGGUUGUAUAAGGGUUUUGUAUAUGGUUAUUUUUGUUUUUUGGCUUAAGUUUCUGCUUUUCAUUAUGUCUACUCAGUCCAAAAUAGCAUUUGUUUACUAGGAUUAUCCUUCGCUUGAUUUCUUCCUUCAUGACGUUCACCAUGAGUGGUAUACAUUACCACUUGAGGAAUGUAAAUAUUAAUUUGGUAAAAUUUUCGACCAAAAUUACCGACAAUUAAUCAUUUAGACAUAUUUUUCAUGUAGACAUAUUUUUCAUGUAGAUGGUGGAAGUUUUUAUUAAAAUUGCUAUCUAGUCAAUAGUGUUUUGUAUUUGUUGCACUUUUUGCUGCACUAAUUUAAUUUUUACCUUCUCGAAAUAUUUUAAAAUAUUGCGAUACGGCUCUAUCAAAUUAUAUCAUAACAUUUCGUAAGCCGGCUCGAGGGACCAAUGUAUGAAUUUCAGUUCCCUUUGUCCGUUUUUCUCGUUAGACCUUUAUUGGUACUUCAAAGUAAGUACUUCUUGUUCUUUGGGUGCCGUUUGCUAUGCAGUAUUGUACUGAUAUCAGAUAUAUCGCACCAGUUUCUUAUAUCUCUGAACCAUGAGUGAACCGUAAUGGGUAAAAGUAAUUUUACCCAUUAAAAUGACUUUUAAAAGAUGUCGCCUCUUAAGAUAAGCGUUGAAAUGAUACCCUUCGCAGUUUAACAAUGUUUAGAAGCCCCUUUUGGACAUUAGCUCUUCUUAAGAUAUCUUUGUUUGUAUCAUGGUUGGCCCAUAGAAUUUUAAGCAACCAUCUGAGACAUUACAUGAUUUUUUCAGAUUUAAGUCUUACGUUUUUGAGGUAUUCUAAUUCUAAAGGCAUUCUAAAGAAUUCUAAAGAGAAUAUCUACUCCAUGUUUAUGUUGAGGAUUUCAUGUCGGUAUUAUAUUCGGGGUCGAUUUCAAUGACUUUAUUUUAUUCUUGCCUUGACUUAUCUUACAAAAUAUCUUUUAUAUUGUUUUCAAUUUUAGAUGGAAAAUCCGCUCUUUCUUUUUUGGGAUUUGGUUUCCACCUUUAUAAAAAAUCAAAAGACAGUUCGAAAUUUAUAUUUGAUAAGAAACAAAGUUUUUUAAGUCUCGUUAAUAAGAAAAUUACAGCUUGUUGACAGUCAUCCAUUGUACAUAAAGGUUGUAUAAAUAAAGUAGUAUUUCGAUAUCGUUAAAAUUCUUUUUGUUCACCUUAUGUUUUAAAUUUAU